GGUUUCCCAUGAAACGCCCCCAACUCAGCUGGCUUAGCGCUCAGCCGCUGUGUCUUUACGUUUCUCCUUGUCUUCCUCCAAAGGAGCCGGCGGAGAGUCCGCUUGCUUUCCUCGACAAAGGGCUUACGCGUCAUUAAAAGGGAUUAUGCUCUGCCGGGGAAAACCAGCCUCUAAUCACCCAGAGGAGGACACAGCAGCCUGAGCCGGAGGUGCUCGGGCCGCAUUCAGGUCCCUUGCUUCCCAAGAGUCUCGCCACGGACGGAGGCUCCGCGUGGUCUGGUCUUCCAUGGUCACCAACAUGGGCUUCGCGAGACAGAUCCAGCUUCUGCUCUGGAAGAACUGGACCCUGCGCAAAAGGCAAAAGAUUCGCUUUGCAGUGGAAUUCAUGUGGCCAUUGUCUUUAUUUCUGGUCUUGAUCUGGUUACGGAAUAUCAACUCACUCUACAGCAAACAUGAAUGCCACUUCCCCAACAAGGCGAUGCCCUCAGCAGGCCUGCUGCCGUGGCUGCAGGGGAUUUUCUGCAAUGUGAACAACCCUUGUUUUAGAACUCCCACCCCGGGAGAAUCUCCUGGAACCGUGUCCAACUACAACAACUCCAUCUUGGCAAGGGUGUAUCGUGAUUUCCAAGAACUCCUCUUGGAUGCACCAGGGAGCCAGCGCCUCGGCCAGGUUUGGACAGAACUCCGCACCUUAUCCCAACUCAUGGACACCCUCCGAACUCACCCGGAGAGAGUCGCAGGAAGAGGAAUACGAAUUCGGGACGUCCUGAGAGAUGAAGAAACACUGACACUAUUUCUCACGAAAAACAUUGGCCUGUCUGACUCAGUCAUCCACCUUCUGGUCAACUCCCAGGUCCGACCGGAGCAGUUUGCUCAUGGAGCCCCAGACCUGCUGCUGAAGGACAUCGCCUGCAGUGAGGCCCUCCUGGAGCGCUUCCUAAUCUUCAGUCAGCGCCGCGGUGCGCAGACAGUGCGUGGGGCCAUGUGCGCCCUCUCCCCGCGCACCCUGCAGUGGGUGGAAGACACUCUGUACGCCAACGUGGACUACUUCAAACUCUUCCGUGUGCUUCCUACACUCCUAGACAGCAGUUCUCAAGGUAUCAAUCUGAGAUCCUGGGCAAGAAUAUUAUCUGAUACGUCACCAAGAAUCCAAGAGUUCAUCCAUCGACCAAGUGUCCAAGACUUGCUGUGGGUGGCCAGGCCCCUCGUGCAGACUGGUGGUCCAGAGACCUUCACACAGCUGACGGGCGUCCUGUCUGACCUCUUGUGUGGCUACCCAGAGGGAGGAGGCUCCCAGGUGUUCUCCUUCAACUGGUAUGAAGACAAUAACUACAAGGCCUUCCUGGGGAUUGACUCUGCGAGGAAAGAUCCUGUCUAUUCGUAUGACAAAAGCACAACCACCUUUUGCAAUGCGCUGAUCCACAGCCUGGAGUCCAACCCUCUCACCAAAAUAGCCUGGAGGGCAGCAAAGCCUCUGCUGAUGGGGAAAAUCCUCUUUACUCCGGAUUCCCCUGCAGCUCGCAGGAUACUGAAGAACGCCAACUCGACCUUCGAGGAGCUGGAGCGUGUUAGGAAGUUGGUCAGAGCCUGGGAAGAAGUGGGGCCCCAGGUCUGGUACUUCUUUGACCGGAGCACACAGAUGACCAUCAUCAGAGACACACUGGCGAACCCAACAGUAAAAGUCUUUCUGAAUAAGCAGUUUGGUGAAGAAACUAUUACUGCCCAAGCUGUGCUGAACUUCCUCAGUAACGGUCCCCGAGAGAGCCGGGCUGAUGACAUGACCAACUUCGACUGGAGAGACAUAUUUAACAUCACUGAUCGUGCCCUACACCUGGCUAAUCAAUACCUGGAGUGCUUGGACCUGGACAAGUUUGAAAGCUACGAUGAUGAAAUUCAGCUCACACAACGAGCCCUGGCUCUGCUGGAGGAAAACAGGUUCUGGGCUGGUGUGGUGUUUCCUGACAUGUACCCCUGGACCAGCUCCCUACCACCCCACGUGAAGUACAAGAUCCGGAUGGACAUAGAUGUGGUGGAGAAAACCAAUAAGAUCAAAGACAGGUACUGGGAUUCCGGUCCCAGAGCCGAUCCCGUGGAAGAUCUCCGGUACAUCUGGGGCGGGUUUGCCUAUCUGCAGGACAUGAUUGAGCAGGGGAUCACGCGCACUCAGACCCAGGCUGAGGUUCCGGUGGGAGUUUACCUCCAGCAGAUGCCGUACCCAUGCUUCGUGGACGACUCGUUUAUGAUCAUCCUGAACCGCUGCUUCCCUAUCUUCAUGGUGCUGGCCUGGAUCUAUUCUGUUUCCAUGACGGUGAAGAGCAUCGUCCUGGAGAAGGAGCUGAGACUGAAAGAGACCUUGAAGAAUCAAGGUGUCUCCAACACAGUGAUCUGGUGUGCCUGGUUCCUGGACAGCUUCUCUAUCAUGUCGAUGAGCACCUUCCUCCUGACAGUAUUCAUCAUGCAUGGAAGGAUCCUGCAUUACAGCGACCCCUUCAUCCUCUUCCUGUUCCUGCUGGCUUUCUCCACCGCUACCAUCAUGCAGUGCUUCCUGCUCAGCGCCUUCUUCUCCAGAGCCAGCCUGGCAGCAGCCUGCAGUGGUGUCGUCUACUUCACCCUCUACCUGCCUCACCUGCUCUGCUUCGCCUGGCAGGACCGGAUGACGGCCCGCCUGAAGAUGGCCCUGAGCCUGCUGUCGCCUGUGGCCUUUGGCUUUGGCACCGAGUACCUGGUUCGCUUUGAGGAGCAGGGCCUGGGGCUGCAGUGGAGCAGUAUCGGGAACAGUCCCAUGGAAGGGGACGAAUUCAGUUUCCUGAUGUCCAUGAAGAUGAUGCUUCUCGACGCUGCUCUGUAUGGCUUGCUUGCCUGGUACCUUGAUCAGGUAUUUCCAGGGGACUAUGGAACCCCACUUCCUUGGUACUUCUUUCUACAAGAGUCCUAUUGGCUUGGUGGUGAAGGGUGUUCAACCAGAGAAGAAAGGGCCCUGGAGAAGACGGAGCCCGUCACGGAGGAAAUGGAGGACCCGGAGCACCCCGAAGGAACACAUGACUCCUUCUUUGAGCGUGAGCUUCCGGGCCUGGUCCCUGGGGUGUGUGUGAAGAACCUGGUAAAGAUGUUUACGCCCUGCGGCCGGCCAGCCGUGGACCGUCUCACCAUUACCUUCUAUGAGAACCAGAUCACCGCGUUCCUUGGUCACAACGGAGCAGGGAAAACCACCGUCUUGUCUAUCCUGACGGGUCUGUUGCCACCAACAUCAGGGACCGUGCUCAUUGGGGGAAAGGACAUUGAAACCAGCCUGAGUGAAGUCCGGCAAAGCCUUGGCAUGUGUCCCCAGCAUAAUGUCCUGUUCCACCACCUCACGGUGGCGGAGCACAUCCUGCUCUAUGCCCAGCUGAAAGGGAAGUCCUGGGACGAGGCCCAGCUGGAGGCCGAGGCCAUGUUGGAGGACACGGGCCUCCAUCACAAGAGGAACGAAGAAGCUCAGGACCUAUCAGGUGGCAUGCAGAGGAAGCUGUCUGUUGCCAUUGCCUUUGUGGGAGAUGCCAAGGUGGUCGUCCUGGAUGAGCCCACCUCUGGGGUGGACCCCUACUCACGACGCUCCAUCUGGGACCUGCUCCUGAAGUAUCGCUCAGGCAGAACCAUCAUCAUGUCCACUCACCACAUGGACGAGGCCGACCUCCUUGGGGACCGCAUCGCCAUCAUUUCCCAGGGGAGGCUCUACUGCUCGGGCACCCCACUCUUCCUGAAGAACUGCUUUGGCACGGGCUUCUACUUGACCUUGGUGCGCAAGAUGAAAAGCAUCCAGGGCCAGGGAACGGGCCGCGAGGGGACCUGCAGCUGUGCGUCUCAGGGUUUCUCCGUGAGGUGUCCAGCCCAUGUAGAUGAGAUAACUCCAGAACAAGUCUUGGAUGGGGACGUGACUGAGCUGACGGCUGUGGUUCGCCACCACGUUCCCGAGGCCAAGCUGGUGGAAUGCAUCGGUCAGGAACUGAUCUUCCUUCUUCCGAAUAAGAACUUCAAGCAGAGGGCGUACGCCAGCCUUUUCCGAGAGCUGGAGGAGACCCUGGCGGACCUGGGCCUCAGCAGUUUUGGAAUCUCCGACACUCCCCUAGAGGAGAUAUUUCUGAAGGUCACAGAAGACUCUGAUUCAGGACCUCUUUUCGCUGGCAGCACUCAGCAGAAAAGAGAAACCGUCAACCUGCGACACCCCUGUCUGGGUUCUAGCAAGGAGGUCACGCAGACUCCCCAGGGCUCCAACAGCUGCUCUGCAGAGCCGGCCCCUCCCGCCCAGGGCCAGCCUUCCGGGGAGCGGGGUCCCCAGCUGAACCGGGGCGCGCGGCUGGUGGCCCAGCAGGUGCAGGCGCUGCUGGUCAAGCGGUUCCACCACGCCCUCCGCAGCCGCAAGGACUUCCUGGCCCAGAUUGUGCUCCCAGCCACCUUUGUGUUUUUGGCUCUGAUGUUUUCCGUCAUCAUCCCUCCUUUUGGUGAAUAUCCCGCUUUGACCCUUCACCCCUGGAUAUAUGGGCAGCAGUACACCUUCUUUAGCAUGGACCAGCCGGCCAGUGAGCGGCUCGCGGCGCUCGCGGACGUCCUCCUGAACAAGCCAGGCUUUGGCAACCGCUGCCUGAAGGAAGAGUGGCUCCCGGAGUACCCCUGUGGCAACUCAACCCCCUGGAGGACACCCUCUGUGUCCCCGAACGUCACCCAGCUGUUCCAGAAGCAGGAAUGGGCCCCAGGCCACCCCUCGCCUUCCUGCAGAUGCAGCACCAGGGAGAAGCUCACCCUGCUCCCCGAGUGCCCCGAGGGUGCAGGGGGGCUCCCGCCCCCUCAGAGAACACAGCGCAGCACUGAAAUCCUGCAGGACCUCACAGGCAGGAACGUCUCCGACUUCUUGGUAAAAACGUAUCCUGCCCUUAUACGAAGCAGCUUAAAGAGCAAAUUCUGGGUCAACGAGCAGAGGUACGGGGGAAUUUCCAUCGGAGGAAAGCUCCCAGCUCUCCCGGUGACCGGGGAAGCACUGGCUGGGCUCCUGAGCGACCUCGGCCAGAUGAUGAACGUGAGCGGGGGCCCUGUCACCAGGGAGGCCUCUAAAGAAAUGUCUGCUUUCCUCAAGCAUCUGGAAACGGAGGACAACAUUAAGGUGUGGUUUAACAACAAGGGCUGGCAUGCCCUGGUCAGCUUUCUCAACGUGGCGCACAACGCCAUCCUGCGAGCCAGCCUGCGCCCAGACAGGGACCCCGAGGAGCACGGCAUCACCGCCGUGAGCCAGCCCCUGAACCUGACCAAGGAGCAGCUCUCCGAGGUGACAGUGCUGACCACGUCUGUGGAUGCUGUGGUCGCCAUCUGCGUUAUUUUCGCCAUGUCCUUCGUCCCGGCCAGCUUUGUCCUCUACUUGAUCCAGGAGAGAGUGAAUAAAGCCAAGCACCUCCAGUUUGUCAGCGGAGUGAGCCCCAUCACCUACUGGCUGACCAACUUCCUCUGGGACAUUACGAAUUACGCUGUGAGCGCUGCACUGGUGGUGGGCAUCUUCGCCGGGUUUCAGAAGAAAGCCUACACGUCUCCCAGCACCCUGCCCGCCCUCGUGGCGCUGCUCAUGCUGUACGGGUGGGCCGUCAUUCCCAUGAUGUACCCAGCGUCCUUCCUGUUUGAUGUCCCCAGCACAGCCUACGUGGCCUUGUCUUGUGCUAACCUGUUUAUCGGCAUCAACAGCAGCGCCAUCACCUUCAUCUUGGAAUUAUUUGAGAAUAACCAGCCGCUGCUCCGACUCAGUGCCAUGCUGAGGAAGCUGCUCCUCAUCUUCCCCCACUACUGCCUGGGCCGGGGCCUCGUUGACCUGGCGCUGAGCCAGGCCGUGACAGACGUCUAUGCCCGGUUUGGUGAGGAGAACUCUCCCAAUCCAUUUCAAUGGGACCUGGCUGGGAAGAAGCUGGUUGCCAUGGCGGCAGAAGGGGUGCUGUACUUCCUCCUGACCCUCCUCAUCCAGCAUCACUUCUUCCUCACCCGAUGGAUUGCCGAGCCCACCAAGGAGCCCGUCGUGGAUGAAGAUGAUGAUGUGGCUGAAGAAAGACAAAGGAUUGUUAGUGGGGGAAAUAAAGCUGAUAUCUUAAGUCUAAACGAACUGACCAAGGUUUACUCAGGCACCUCCAGCCCGGCGGUGGACCGGCUGUGCAUGGGAGUCCGUCCUGGAGAGUGCUUUGGCCUCCUGGGAGUGAAUGGAGCCGGCAAAACAACCACUUUCAAGAUGCUCACUGGGGACACCACAGUAACCUCAGGCAAUGCUACCGUAGCAGGCAAGAGUAUUUUAACCAAUAUUUCGGAAGUCCAUCAAAGUAUGGGCUACUGUCCUCAGUUUGAUGCAAUUGAUGAGCUGCUCACAGGGCGAGAACACCUUUACCUUUACGCCCGGCUUCGAGGCGUACCAGCAGAGGAAAUGGAGAGGGUGGCAAGCGGGAGUAUUCAGAGCCUGGGCCUGUCCCUCUACGCAGACCGCCUGGCCGGCACCUACAGUGGAGGCAAUAAGCGGAAACUCUCCACAGCCAUUGCCCUGAUCGGCUGUCCACCGCUGGUGCUGCUGGACGAGCCCACCACGGGCAUGGACCCGCAGUCACGCCGCAUGCUGUGGAACACCAUCGUGAGCAUCAUCAGAGAAGGGAGGGCCGUGGUCCUCACCUCCCACAGCAUGGAAGAAUGUGAGGCCCUGUGUACGCGGCUGGCCAUCAUGGCGAGAGGCACCUUUCAGUGUCUGGGCACCAUUCAGCACCUCAAGUACAAGUUUGGAGACGGCUACAUCGUCACAAUGAAGAUCAAAUCCCCGCAGGACGACUUGCUUCCCGACCUGAACCCCGUGGAGCAGUUCUUCCAGGGGAACUUCCCGGGCAGCGUGCAGAGGGAGAGGCACCGCAACAUGCUGCAGUUCCAGGUGCCCGCCUCCUCCCUGGCCCGGAUCUUCCGGCUGCUCAUCUCCCACAGGGACAGCCUGCUCAUCGAGGAGUACUCGGUCACACAGACCACGCUGGACCAGGUAUUUGUGAACUUUGCUAAACAGCACACUGAAACUCACGACCUCCCUCUGCACCCCCGAGCUGCUGGAGCAAGCCGACAAGCCAAGGUCUGAUCUCCUUCACACUGCUCAUUCGCUGCAGCCGGAAAGGAACUCUGGGCAGCUGGAGGAGCGGGAGCCUCGGCCACAGGCUCGUCCGAGCCGACCACCCGGCACCAGUAAGGCCUCGGCAGCAGAGCGAACACGGGGGCACACAGAGAACUCCGAAAGGGGCUUUUCCAGAAGGAGCCAAACUCAUUCAUUUGGGACAGCUGUAGGUGAAACUGACCCUUCCCAUUCAGACCACAGAGUAGAAGUCCCAGUUCAUCCUUCUAGUAGCUUUGAUCUCAACAUCACUCUCCCUCCAAGUGGAUCUGCUUUUCUCUGUGUGUAUGGUGUCAGUUUUAUGUUUAAGGAGAAAUA